AUGCAUCCAGGAGAAUCACCACCGACGACCUCAUCACCGUUGUCGACUUCGGAUCAACAGAGGACCGGCUCACACAGGCCGGCCACAGACGCGACCGGGGUACGAUCGCGGUCGAACAAAGCAGUUAUUCACCGUCGAGCGACCCAGGCAUGCCUUCGCUGCCGCUCGCGCAAGGUCAGGUGUGAUGUUACCCACAAGGCAGGCUAUUGCACCAACUGUCAGCUGGAUGGGGCAGAAUGCCGAGUCAUCAAGUGCAGGCGGCGUGGCCACAGAACCAGCGACCGCCAUGCCCUGCAUGCUUCACUGGAUUCCGGAUCUAAUCAUCGAAAUGCGAAGAUCGGAGAAGGAGUGUUCAUGAUCGAACGCCUGCCCGAUACACCUGAAGAGGUACGGCACUCGGCCAAUGAUUGGGAAGAACGAGACAGUGUUCAACCAGAUCCAGCUCUCAACAGCUUGCAACAGCCUAUAGUGGGUCCAGGGGAUGCUGGACCCAAGGCUCCAGUGUCUCACGGCUUUCUACUGUCUUUGACAGAGCAGCCGGAGCUUCCGAUCCUGAAUGACACUGCUGGCCAAGUUGAAAGGACGGCCGAUAGAGACGAUGGUCUGCUUUCAGCUCCAUCUACACCACCGCCCCUCCAUCAGGGCGGUUCAGGCUGGCACACAGCCUUGCCGGACUUUAUAGAGGCAUUCCCUGUGCGCACUCCCAACGACCUGGAAUUCUUGCGGCAGAAGUCGGUAUUUGUCUUGCCACCACCGCAGCUUCAACGCGUGAUCAUGGACAGGUUCGCCGAGUUUGUGCAUCCGCUUCUGCCCGUCAUAGAUCUCCCGGCGUUUCGAGGCGCAAUACUAGGGGAGAAGCCCGGACAGAGAGUGUCGUUGCUCCUUUUCCAUGCCGUCAUGUUCGCUGGAGUGGGAGCCGUUGAGAAUGAGAUCAUUCUCCGGCAGGCGUACAUGAGCAAGACCACGGCCAGACAGACGUUCUAUGAAAAGGCAAAGACACUCUUCGAGUUGGAGACGGAGAAGGAUCGCAUCACCAUCUGUCAAGCAUCGCUCUUUCUCAUCGGAUGGGCCAGCAGGAGUAACCUGAAGGACGCCACAUAUUGGCUCGGAACUGCUAUUUCUCAGGCCCAUAUUCUGAAAUUACAUCGAGCGGAGCAUGUCAGUCCAUUGAAACUAUCCAAGCCACAGCGGAAGCGGAAUCUUCGCCGGAUACUGUGGUGGAGUAUUCUCAUGAAAGAAUGCGACCUGUGCAUGUCCAUAGGUCAGCCACCACGCGUGUGGCCAUUCGGUACACCUAUGUUGACCAUGAGCGAUUUUGGUUUGGAGGACACAGGAGCCCUCGGGGUUGAAAGUGUGGUUCCUCAAUCCCAGCAAAGACUCGAUGCGCUUUCCCCAGCGCUCGCGACAGUCUGUAUCUUGAAGGCGAAGCUGUGCUGGCAUAUCUAUCGGAUCAUGCGCAACAUCCACGAGGAUCUUUCUCCUUGGGAUGGUCAGCAAUGCGCCAACCCCUUGCCAUUUUUGAGACAGUACAUGGUCCAAGAACUCUACCGCUGGCGGUCAGACAUUCCCAUCGAGCUCAACAGCAAGAAUCUGCUUCAAGACAGUCUAGGCAGCACUCCCCGCAGUGUCACAUGGGCAGUAUGUGCGGUGGAGCUGAUAUACUGCGCUGCACAUUUUCUUGUUCAUCGGGACGGCAUGCUGGUGGAUGAUAUCUCAGAGCACAUUAGCCCAGACUCCGUCACUGACCGCUGUCCACCCACCGACUACAGCCGGUGCUUUCUGCGCCAGGCGGCAAACGAAACAGCUGAGAUCCUGGAAGGUGUUAUUGACUGCGGACUGGCGAUGUUCCUACCUCCCUCUGCCCUGAUCAAUAUCUGCCUAGCCGCCUCAACCUUCUUCCGCGAUGCCAACAGUGGCGACGCAAGCACGCGCAAGACCAACCUCCACAAGUUGGAUAUGUGCAUCAAAGUCUCGAACAUGCUUGCCGACAUGGCUCCGAGCAUGCGGGAGGUUGUAACCAAAAUGCAGGACGCGAGAUCGGUGUUUCAAACUCGGCCAUCUCGCUCAGGGCCGGCAUUGAACUCCGGCUAUGCACAGCCUUCUAAUUUGACACUGACCAGCGCUCACUUGGAGGACAGGUGUGGGAUAGACCAUCAAUCGUUAUCAGGGAGCACGAUGGAGAUCAACAAUACUGGGGUAGAGGAUCGCAAUGCUUCCAGUGGCUACCCAGCCCCAGUUUCAUACGAAUGGAACUUGGAGGAAGAUUUUGGUUUUGCGGGACAUGCUUUGCUAGAUUUUGAUCUCAACGGCUACACAUGGGCAUAG